UAUAAAUAUGACCAUCUUAGCCCUCUUUGCUGCACCCCCAAUCCCAAACUGGAUUUACUCACUUGACCCCCUAAACUCUCUCUCUCUCUCUCUCUCUCUCUCUCUCUCUAGAUCACUCUUUAUCAUCACUUUCUAAAGAAGAGGAAGAAGAGGAUGGUAGGGCUCCCAGAAACUGAUGGACAAGGAAAGAUACUAUCUGAUGCAUGGGACUACAAGGGCCGGCCGGCCGUCCGAUCGCAAUCGGGCGGCUGGGCCAGCGCCGCCAUGAUCUUAGUGGUGGAACUGGUUGAGAGGCUGGCGACGCUGGGGAUCGCGGUGAACCUGGUGACGUACUUGACGGGGACAAUGCACCUCGGCAACGCUGAGGCGGCGAAUGCCGUCACCAACUUCUUGGGCACCUCCUUCAUGUUCUGCCUCCUCGGCGGAUUCAUCGCCGACACCUUCCUCGGCCGAUACCUUACCAUCGCCAUCUUUGCCGCCAUCCAGGCCGCCGGAGUGACCAUCCUCACAAUUUCCACCGCCGCUCCAGGCCUGCGCCCGCCGCCGUGCGUAAACUCCUCCAAUGCCACCACCAGCGGCGGUGGCAGCUACUGCGCGCGCGGGUCGGCCAUGCAGCUCGGCAUGCUCUACGCCGCACUCUACCUGACGGCGCUCGGCACCGGCGGGCUCAAGUCGAGCGUGUCGGGGUUCGGCUCCGACCAGUUCGACGACCGCGACCCGCGGGAGAAGUUGCUGAUGAUGCGCUUCUUCAACUGGUUCUUCUUCUUCAUCAGCCUCGGUUCGCUCCUCGCCGUGACCGUGCUCGUCUACGUGCAGGAUGAGCUCGGCCGAUGGUGGGGGUAUGGCGCGUGCGCCGCAUCGAUCGUCAUCGGCCUUGCAGUGUUCUUGUCGGGGACGAGGAGAUACCGGUUCAAGAAGUUGGUGGGGAGCCCGCUGACGCAGUUCGCGGCGGUCGCGAUUGCCGCGUGGAGGAAGCGGCGGUUGGAGCUGCCGUCCGACCCGGCGAUGUUGUACGAUGUCGAUGCUGUGGCAGCGGCGGCGACCGGAGAGGAAAAGGGUGCUGGAGGAAGAAGCAAAGGGAAGCAAAAAUUGCCUCAUACUAAACAGUUCAGAUGUUUGGAUCAUGCCGCCAUUAUCAACACCCCUGCGGUCGAAAGGCAAAGCAAAUGGCAACUAUCAACCUUGACAGACGUCGAAGAGGUCAAGACAGUGCUAAGAAUGCUUCCCAUUUGGGCGAUGACAAUCAUGUUCUGGACCGUCUAUGCCCAGAUGACCACGUUCUCAGUCUCUCAGGCCACCACCAUGGACCGCCGCAUUGGCCCGUCCUUCGAGAUCCCCGCGGGCUCCCUCACCGUGUUCUUCGUCGGCUCCAUCCUCAUCACCGUUCCCGUCUACGACCGCCUCAUCGUCCCUCUCGCCCACCGCCUCACCAACAACCCCUACGGCCUAACCCCGCUCCAACGCAUCGGCGUCGGCCUCGUUCUCUCCAUCCUCACGAUGGCCGCUGCUGCCCUGACCGAAAUCAAGCGCCUGAAGGUGGCCCGAUCGAGCCCGAACGAUUCAACUAUGCGGCUAAGUGUGUUUUGGCUUAUUCCGCAGUUCUUUCUAGUCGGCACAGGUGAGGCCUUCACAUACAUAGGGCAACUGGACUUCUUCUUGCGUGAGUGCCCGAAAGGAAUGAAAACCAUGAGCACCGGGCUGUUCCUGAGCACGCUUUCGCUAGGGUUUUUCGUGAGCUCGGUGCUCGUGUCAAUUGUACAUAAGGUGACCGGCAAGGGCGGCCGCAGGGCGUGGCUCGCAGACGACUUGAUGUACAACUUCUACUGGCUCCUGGCAUUGUUGUGCCUUCUGAACCUGGCGGUCUACUUGGUCGCAGCGCGGUGGUACGUCUACAAAGAGGGGCGGCCGGCGGUCGCGGAGAACGAUAGUAUGGCCGGGGUUGAGCUCACCGAGGCCGAGUCGUGUUACCAUGCAUGAACGAUGAGUCAUCGGAGUCGUCAUUGAUCGACGAAGGUCGACGUGACAUUUAUCGAUUAAAUAAUUAAUGAAUGUGUUAUAUCUACAAGGGCUUGUAUCAUGGUUGUGUCAUUACAAUUAUGUGUAUUUUUUUGGUUUUGGAAAUAACUUUAUCAUCCAUCAUAUAUAUAAGUUUUUGUUACUGGUGUAAA